AUGACGACAACAUUCACCGGAGAGCGACAAUCCACUAAGAUGAAGAUCCAGUAUCUCAAAGCUGCGUUGAAACAAGACAUCCAAUUCUUCGACACUGAGGUUCGAACUUCAGAAGUUGUUUUCGCAAUCAAUACGGACGUUGUCAUGGUCCAGGAUGCCAUUAGUGAGAAGUUGGGAAAUUUCAUUCACUACAUGGCAACUUUUGUUUCUGGUAUUCUUGUUGGAUUCACCGCUGUUUGGAAAUUGGCUUUGGUUACUCUUGCUGUUGUUCCUAUGAUAGCCGUAACCGGAGGCAUUCAUACCACAAUGGUCGAUCCUUCUUCCACUUCAAACACAACUUUCGACGAUUUUCGCACAAUGAGGGAUAAAGAUUUUCAACAUUCUCAAGAUUGCAUGGUCGGAAACUUAAGUUCUAGCCAAGAUGGCCAAUCUCAGAUAACAUCCGCAAACCUAGCCAAGUUGGACGCUUUUCUCUGCGAGAUAACUCAGGCGGUUUCCUCUUCAAGUCACGUUGAUUUUGAUGAGAGUAGCUUUCUGCAGAACAAUAACUCAUGGAAGCAAGUAGCUGCACCGAUCCGAACCUACACAAAUGUUCAAAAAGCAGGUUCGGUUGGAAGGUCGAUCGAUGUUACUACAUUCAAGAACUAUCAAGAGUUGAUUCGCGCAAUUGAAUGCAUGUUUCGACUAAACGGUUUGCUGAAUGACACAAAGGUUCAGAAUGGAGAAUCAUGA